AUGACCGUUAGAAGAAGUGUUCUACGACCGUGUACUUCUGAUAGAUUGAAUUGGACUGCUGAACUUUUAGCGCGUUCCUGUCCGGAUCCUGGGAAGCUGGAAAACGGUAUUCGAGAUGGUGAUGUGUUCGAAUACCCACAUACCGUGGUAUUUCACUGCCAUCCCGGAUUUCUGCUAUUGGGACCGGCGAUGAGGAAAUGCGAGAGUAACGGCGAAUGGUCGGAUGAGCCGCCCGUUUGUCAGGCAACGGAAUGUCCACGCCCACCUGAUCCAUUGCAUGGACGAGUUCUCGGUACUUCUUUGACCUACCAGUCCACCGUAACGUAUUCCUGCAAAGAAGGAUACCGACUGGUUGGACAGGUCCAGCGUAUUUGUCUAGCCGAAGGAACCUGGGCUGGUAGAUUCGCUGUCCAAAUUUACCUCCGCUCAGUAACGGAUACAUAG